AUGGAUGGUUUUUUUAACGCGGCCUUCGAUGAGUUCUCCUCGGACGAGGACGAUACGACUGAGAUCGCGGACGACGGCGAAAUCUACUUCCCCACGACUGGAGACACCUUCAACUCUGGCAACAUCUACCUACCGAACGAGCCUUUUAAAAUUGAGAUUACUCAAGUCAUCUGGACACGCCGGUUCCACUUCGGUCAUGACAGGCCACGCAACAGUGGGUCCAGACCACUGAGCCGAUCAGAAAGUACAUCAGAGGACGGACCCGCACACGGUGUGCCCAGCAGGUACGAACUCAGCAUUCAACACGGCCCCUUUGAGUGGAAGAUUCUGCGCAAACAGGCUGACCUAAUUAGCCUGCAGAGGGAUAUUGUACUGGAGCAGGUGAAGCGCCGUGUCAAGAAGGCAACUCACAAAACUAGGCAUUACAAAAGUGGCAGAACCCAGUCCGUAUCUGUGCCGACGGAGCUGCGACGACGCAAAGUGUCCGCCUUUCCCAAACGACCCAACUUUGCCGUGAACGAGAGCAAUAUUGAGGAGAGAAAGCGUCUCAUUGUAGAGUACCUGCAGUCGAUAAUGGCAAUUCGUCAUCUGCGAAACCUGGAGGGAGUCCUACGCUUCUUCGAGAUCUCCCCACUGAGUUUCCGUUUGCGAUUGGGCUCUUGCAAGUACAAGGAGGGACCCAUCCUCAAGAUCCCAAAGGCUCGACGAAUAGCCUUCAACCUCUGCCCAUGUUGCGUAUCUGGGUGUUUCUGGCAAUCACGGUGA